UUAAUUAAUCAUACUUUCUCUCUCUAUCUUUCUCUGUGUAAUUGUUUUCUUCAAUUAUUUUCUUCCAUGGCAGAUCAUUCACGGGCCACAUCUCAUGAGUUUUGCGGCAGUUUUGGAUUUGGAAGUGUUUGUAAAGUUUGCAAAUCUUUUGUCUCCAUUUUAUCUCCUAAGAAAACACAUCAUAAGCCUAAAUCCAAUAUCCUUCAAGAUAAUCAUCACAAGGUUAGUGUAAAGAAAAGUAGUGUUGAUGAAGACAUAGAUGAUGAUGAACAAUUUACAUACAAACUCAAUGAAGGACUUAACAGAAAACACCAAAGCAAUGAACAAUACUACUACACAAGUUCUCCUAAAUCAAGUCCUCCUCAUUCAAGAAGCACUAGCCCAUCUCGACUCUCCAGGACAAUUUCUCGAAUUUUUCGAGCCACGAGCGUGAAAAAUCACAACCAUAAUGGUGGUGGUGGUGGUGGACCAGCAUUAGCGAGCACAUUAUCGCGUAAUGCUAGUAGUCAUGUUGACUUAACUAGUCAUCAUGCAGCUUCGAAAUCCUUUUCACGGAGCGUGAGCCUAAGGAAUGGUGGUGCGGAAGCACCCGCACCAGCAGCCUCAACAACAUUACCAGCCUCGUUUUCGCGUAAUGCAAGCCGGAAGAGCUCAACUCCGAUAAUGUUUUCAAGCUCAACUGGAUUGGUAAAGCCACCACCAACGGAAAAGACACUUGAGUGCACCUUAGAUGAGUUGUGCUUUGGAUGUGUAAAGAAGAUGAAAGUCACAAUGACAGAUAAUGGGUUAACAGAAGAAGAGGAAGUACUAACAAUCAAAGUGAAGCCAGGAUGGACAAAAGGGACAAAGAUAACAUUUGAAGGCAAGGGUAAUGAGAGACCAGGCACUUCAGCAGCAGAUGUAAUCUUCGUGAUCGCGGAGAAAAAACACCCUCUAUUCAUGAGAGACGGCGACAAUGUGGAGUUGGCAGUAGAAAUCCCAUUGGUAAAAGCUCUUACAGGUUGCACUAUUUCCAUACCUUUGUUGGGUGGGGAGAAGAUGAGUUUAACGAUCGAUGAUAUUAUAUGUCCUGGUUAUGAAAAGAUUAUAGAAGGACAGGGGAUGCCUAAACCCAAAGAGGAAGGGAACAGAGGGAACUUGAUUGUCACUUUCUUAGUAGCAUUUCCAACUGAAAUUGCUGAGGAACAAAGGUCUGAUAUAGUCAGGAUUUUACAAGAUUGCUGAUUUGGUCAUUUUAUCUUCUUAUCAGAUGUACCAAAACAGGGUUUAGAGAGUGAUGUAGGUUGUUAAAAUGUAUGUUUCAUUUACGGAACUAGUUCACUUUGAACCAUUCAUCACCAACUAUUCAAAAGUCUCAAGUAGGAGUGGCAAACGGAUAUAAUAUUCU